AUUACUAUCAUUUGACAUUGCAACUUCACUUGGGAACAUGGGUAGGAGGUGAGGGAAUGUAGGAGAUGUUGAAAUAGGAGAAGGUGCAAAUGGAGCUUGAUGUGUUCUCUUUCCCUUUGUUCUCUUCCUUGAAACCAAAAUAGGGUUCCCUUUCCUCCCACUCUGAAGAAGGAGAUGGAGAAGACAGUCAGAACUCCAGGGGAUGGGGCACAAUUCCUCCCCAUUAGGGAUAGAAAUUAAAAUGUGUGAAAUGCGGAAUAUGCAUCAUUGAAUGAGCACACAUAGUUCACAUCAAUGACCUCCAGCAGGGGAGAAACCGUUUAAAGGUAUGGAGUGUGGGAAACGUUUCACUGAUAUUGGAAAACUUAGAACAAAUCAGCGGACUCAGAUGGGCAGGAAAGGACUGCAAUGCGGGGAGUGUGGGAAGAACUUCAGUCAACAUGGACACUUAAGAUUACAUCAACGGACUCACACAAGGGAAAAAACUUUUAAAUGUCUGGAUUGUGGAAAGAGCUUCUAUCGGAGUGAUAAACUUAGGAGACAUCAACAGAUUCACACGGGGGAGAAACCAUUUAAAUGCAUGCAGUGCGGAAAGAGCUUUUCUAAUAAUGAAAACCUUAGAAGACAUCAACGGACUCACACAGGAGAGAAACCAUAUAAAUGUAUAGAGUGCGGAAAGAGCUUUUCUAAUAAUGAAAACCUUAGAAGACAUCAACGGACUCACACAGGAGAGAAACCAUUUAAAUGCCUGGAGUGCGGAAAGAGCUUUUCUAAUAAUGAAAACCUUAGAAGACAUCAACGGACUCACACAGGAGAGAAACCAUUUAAAUGCCCGGAGUGCGGAAAGAGCUUUUCUAAUAAUGAACACCUUAGAACACAUCACCGGACUCACACAGGACAGAAACCAUUUAAAUGCCUGGAGUGCGGAAAGAGCUUUUCUAAUAAUGAACACCUUAGAACACAUCACCAGACUCACACAGGAGAGAAACCAUUUAAAUGCCUGGAGUGCGGAAAGAGCUUCAGUCGGAAUGGAGACCUUAGAACACAUCAACGGACUCAUACAGGGGAGAAACCAUAUAAAUGUAUGGAGUGUGAGAAGAGUCAGAGUGGACACCUCAAUAUACAUCUACAGACUCACACAGGGGAGAAACCAUAUAAAUGUAUGGAGUGCGGAAAGAGCUUUAGUGAUAAUGGAAACCUUAGAAGACAUCAACGGACUCACACAGGGGAGAAACCAUUUAAAUGUUUGGAUUGUGGAAAGAGCUUCAGUCAGAAUGGAGAACUUAAAUUGCACCAGAGGAUUCACACAGGGGAGAAACUAUUUAAAUGUUUGGAGUGUGGAAAGAUAUUUAGUGAUAAUGGAAACCUAAGAAGACAUCAACAGACUCACACAGGAGAGAAACCAUUUAAAUGCCUGGAGUGCGGAAAGAGCUUUUCUGAUAAUGAAAACCUUAGAAGACAUCAACGGACUCACACAGGAGAGAAACCAUUUAAAUGUCUGGAGUGCGGAAAGAGCUUUUCUGAUAAUGAACACCUUAGAAAACAUCAACGGACUCACACAGGGGAGAAACCAUAUAAAUGUAUAGAGUGCGGAAAGAGCUUUACUGAUAAUGGACACCUUAGAAGUCAUCAACGGACUCACACAGGGGAGAAACCAUAUAAAUGUAUAGAGUGCGGAAAGAGCUUUAGUGCUAAUGGAACCCUUAGAAGACAUCAACGGACUCACACAGGAGAGAAACCAUUUAAAUGCCUGGAGUGCGGAAAGAGCUUUACUGAUAAUGAACACCUUAGAAGACAUCAACGGACUAACACAGGACAGAAACCAUUUAAAUGUCUGGAGUGCGGAAAGAGCUUUUCUGAUAAUGAACUCCUUAGAAAACAUCAACGGACUCACACAGGGGAGAAACCAUAUAAAUGUAUAGAGUGCGGAAAGAGCUUUACUGAUAAUGGACACCUUAGAAGUCAUCAACGGACUCACACAGGGGAGAAACCAUAUAAAUGUAUAGAGUGCGGAAAGAGCUUUAGUGAUAAUGGAACCCUUAGAAGACAUCAACGGACUCACACAGGAGAGAAACCAUUUAAAUGCCUGGAGUGCGGAAAGAGCUUUACUGAUAAUGAACACCUUAGAACACAUCAACGGACUCACACAGGGGAGAAACCGUAUAAAUGUAUAGAGUGCGGAAAGAGCUUUACUGAUAAUGGACACCUUAGAAGUCAUCAACGAACUCACACAGGGGAGAAACCAUAUAAAUGUAUAGAGUGCGGAAAGAGCUUUAGUGAUAAUGGAACCCUUAGAAGACAUCAACGGACUCACACAGGAGAGAAACCAUUUAAAUGCCUGGAGUGCGGAAAGAGCUUUACUGAUAAUGAACACCUUAGAAGACAUCAACGGACUCACACAGGGGAGAAACCAUUUAAAUGCUUGGAGUGCGGAAAGAGCUUCAGUCAGAAUGCAACCCUUAGAAGACAUCAACGGACUCACACAGGGGAGAAACCAUUUAAAUGCAUGGAGUGCGGAAAGAGCUUCAGUCAGAAUGGAAUCCUUAGAAACAUCAGCAGACACACAGGGGAGAAACUGUUU